CACGCACUCGGUGAAUUUAGUUCCGCUCUCUCAACUGAGCAGCUGGAAAGGGACAGAAUGAAGUACUAAGGGACCUGCAGGUGCAAAGAUCAAACUCACCAGGUCUGAAGCUGGGACACGCCAGGCGCCGUAUGGUUGAAGGUAAAGACACUACAUUUCAGAUUCCUGGUCCCCGGGAUGGAGGAGGUUGUUGCCCAGCUCUGUGGGAGUCACCUGUCAGACCCGCUGCCGCUUUGGGUCCAGGGAAACAUUGGUGUUUGCUUUAAUCAGCUCAUCCUGAGUGCUCUCCCUCACACUCUCCUGGCUGUGACCAGUGGUUGCCAUGCUGGGGCCCACAGAUACUCUGGCUCCCACCCUCCCAACUCAGCAUGGACGUGUCGAGUGGCAAUGUCUUUUUUCCUGGCUUUCUUCUCGUUAAGUGACUUGGUGCUCGGAGCUGUCUUUCCACGUCAGGUUACUGCUGCUGUGGAGGUGCUCUCAGGGAGUGCGUCCUGUUUGUCUUGGUUCACUCACUUCCUUGCAUUACUUUCCCUCCAGAGGUCACGGUACCACCAUUCCCGCGGCCCUUUGAGUUUCCUGCUUCCAGUUCCUCUCCAGAUACCGAGCCUGGUGAUCAGCAUGGUGUGGAUAUGUCAGGAGGGUGCUGUCACUGCUCCCCUAAAUCCCGUGCUUGUCUCACGUUUCUGCCUCUUGUGUCUUAGACUCGGCUUUAUUACUGUGUAUCUAGGGGCCUACUUGGUUCCUCCCACACACAUCCACGGUCUCCCUGCAGCCUCCAUUAAUGAUGACGAUGACCAGGCCCCUCUCCUCUCAUCACUUCAUUAUCCCUGUAGACCAGUGUAUGCAGAAGAUAGGGAAAGCUGGUGGUCUCGUUUCUUUUACCUCUGGAUUAACCCUCUGAUGCAGCGUGGAGCUAAAGGAGAUUUGAAGUGCUCCCAGGAUGUCUAUCCACUGCCCCAACAUCUCUGCACUGCAAAUGUCUGUCAGAGAUUCCAGUCUAAAUGCUUUUCCAGAAACCUGGGCCUCCUGUCAUCUUUAAAUGCUAGCUUUGGGGUCUGGUAUUAUUCUCUAGGCCUCCUGAAACUUGGUGGAAGCGCACUAGGGUUCAUGGGCCCCCUGCUACUCAAUUUGCUGGUUAAUUUCAUGGAGACUGGAGACGAUUUACUGAGCUGGGGUAUCCUAUACACUAUGGGUCUGUUCGCUAGUGGAUUUCUGGGUGCUGUAUUGCAGAAUCAGUUUACGCACGAGGUGAACAAGGUGAUGCUUGCAGUAAGAGCAGCAGUGCUGACCAGCAUCUAUCACAAGGCCGUUCGAGGAGAAGGAACAAGCCUGGCUACUUUCUCACCCGGGGAGGUGGUAAAUUUCAUGAGUACAGACACUGAUCGUAUUUCAAACUUUUGCCGCAGUUUCCAUGAGUUGUGGAGUCUGCCGCUGCAGUUUUCCGUCACCUUGUUUCUGCUCUACCAGCAAGUGGGAGUAGCUUUCCUGGGAGGACUUGGACUAGCUGUAUUACUUGUGCCUCUAAACAAAGUUGUGGCCAAUCGCAUUUUGGAUAAUAACCAGGAAAUGCUGAAACACAAGGACACUCGCGUUAAGCUCAUGACAGAGCUCCUCUCUGGGAUGCGAGUGGUAAAGUUCUACACCUGGGAAUUCCACUUUGCGUCCAGAGUUAAUGCUCUGAGGGAGCAGGAGCUGCGCAGUCUUCGUGCAAUCAAGCUGCUUGAUGCUGUGUGUGUGUAUUUGUGGGCAGCGUUACCUGUCCUCAUCUCGAUCAUCACCUUCAUCACAUACGUACUGCUUGGCCACCAACUGACUGCAGCCAAGGUUUUCACAGCUCUGGCUCUGGUUGGAAUGCUGAUUCUGCCGCUCAAUAACUUCCCCUGGGUUCUAAAUGGAGUUCUGGAGGCUAAAGUUUCCCUGGACCGGAUCCAACGCUUUCUGGAGCUUCCAGAGCAGAAUGUUGCAAAUUAUUACAACCAAGGCAAGAGUUCCAAUCCACCCUGCAUACCUCUAACUGUAUUUCUCUUGGAUUCAGUUCUCUCCGCAGACCCAUUAUCAGUUCUGGCCUUUGAUGAAGCUGAGUUUGUUUGGGGAGCAUCUUCAGAAGUCGUAGGUGGAUCAGAGCAAUAUGGGUCCCUUCAGCUCUUUGUUCAGGAUCUGUCCAUCCAAAAGGGGUCCCUGGUUGGAGUUGUGGGUAAAGUUGGCUGUGGGAAGAGUUCUCUGCUGGCGGCAAUUACUGGAGAAUUGAACAGGAUCGGUGGGAAACUCUUUGUUUCCAGUCAGGAGCUGGGAUUUGGUUAUACCGCUCAGGAGCCUUGGAUCCAGUUUGCCACUAUCAGGGAUAAUAUAUUGUUUGGGAAGGACUUCAAUGGGCGUUUGUACCAAGAUGUGCUGGAAGCAUGUGCCCUCACAGAUGACCUAAGUAUCCUUCCAGCUGGAGAUCAUACAGAGGUUGGAGAGAAUGGUGUCACUCUGAGUGGUGGACAGAAGGCACGGGUAGCGCUGGCCAGAGCUGUAUACCAGGAAAAGGAUAUUUAUAUUCUUGAUGACCCCCUGGCUGCAGUAGAUGCAGAUGUGGCCACUCACCUAAUGGAUAAGUGCAUUAUGGGUAUACUGCGUCACCGGACAAGAAUCCUUUGCAGCCAUCGCACUGAGCUUCUCUGUAAAGCAAAUGUAGUGGUGCUUGUGGAAGAUGGGAAGAUUAUCUGUUCAGGUCCACCUACUGAUGUGCUUCCUCUGCUGGAAAACGCCACACAGCUCAGCGUCUUCAAGAAGGUGACUCAAGAGGAAGCAGAGGGUACCCCAGAGAUGGAGGAGGUGGCAGAUGAAGAAGAAACCACAUUUAAGUCCCAUGUCCUGGGAGAGGAGGAGAAGAAGGAAGGGGCAGUGGCGUUGCAGGUUUAUGGGGCGUACUGGAAAGCUGUAGGAGCCGGCCUCGCUGGGUCAGUGCUCCUGGCAUUACUACUCAUGCAAGCCUCCAGGAAUGUGUCUGAUUGGUGGCUCUCACACUGGAUCUCUAGCCUGGAGAACUCCCACGGAAACUACUCCAUAAGUGCUCCAUCCCCGACAUUGCUUCUCUUCUCAUCUGUGAGAUUGCUGUCUCCAGUCUUUUUGACAAAGAGUGAAAAGCAGAACAGUUCUGUAAAUAUAAAGUUCUACUUGUCGAUAUACGGGGGAAUUGCAGUUGCAAACUCAGUCUUUACAGCGCUGCGUGCCAUUUUGUUCGCCCUGGGGACAGUACACGCCGCAAAAAUGAUUCACCAGCGCCUCCUGAAAAGAGUCCUGAAGGCCACCGUGACCUUCUUUGACAGCACGCCCAUAGGUCGCAUCAUCAACCGCUUUUCCUCGGACUUAUACUGUAUAGAUGAUUCCCUGCCUUUCAUCCUGAAUAUAUUCCUGGCCAACGUGUUUGGACUGCUGGGAAUGCUGGUGGUGAUCAGUUAUGGGCUGCCCUGGAUCCUGCUGGCACUGGUGCCCUUGGCUCUGUUAUAUUACCAUAUCCAGCGGUUUUACCGGUACACCUCCCGUGAGCUCAAGAGAUUGUACACCAUCACUCUGUCUCCAAUCUACACCCACUUCUCUGAGACCCUGUCCGGACUCACCACUAUCCGAGCCAUGCGUCAUACCCACAGAUUUGAGAAGGAGUGCGAGACGCGGUUGGAGUGGAAUCAGCGCUGUCAGUAUGCUGCUAACGCGGCAGUCCAGUGGUUGGAUAUCCGUCUGCAGAUGAUUGGCGUGAUGGUGGUCACUGCGAUUGCUGUUAUUGCGAUCAUUCAGCAUCAGAUGGAUGUCGGGGAUCCAGGUCUGGUGGGACUUGCUCUGUCUUAUGCCCUCUCAAUCACCGGCCUCCUAUCUGGCUUCAUCUCCAGCUUUACUCAGACAGAAGCCAUGAUGGUGAGUGUGGAAAGGGCAGAGGAGUACGCCUCCACGCUGCCCUCGGAGCCUGCUGACAGCUCUGCAGAGGUGGAAUCAGACUGGCCCAGUAAAGGCAGCAUUGAGUUCAGAAAUGUGAUUUUGUGCUAUCGCCAAGACCUCCCCAAUGCACUCGACGGUGUGAGUUUCACCAUUCACCCUGGAGAAAAGAUAGGCGUUGUGGGAAGGACAGGCUCUGGAAAGUCCAGCAUCUUCCUGGCGUUAUUUCGGAUGAUGGAGAUCAAUUCUGGCGUUAUUCUGAUUGAUAAUUUGCCCACUCGGCCGCUCAACUUGGAUUCACUAAGAUCCAGACUUGCCAUCAUUCCUCAGGAUGCCUUUCUGUUCAGUGGGAGUGUGCGCGAGAACCUGGACCCCAUGUCCCGUCACUCAGAUGUGGAUCUGCAUGAUGUUCUGGAACAGUGCCACUUGCGUGGUCUGGUGUCACGGAUCGGAGGAUUGGAUGCAGAUGUUGGUGACAGAGGGAAGAAUUUUUCUCUUGGGCAGAGGCAAUUGCUGUGCCUAGCCAGAGCCUUGCUAACGCAGGCCAAGAUCCUUUGCAUCGAUGAGGCUACAGCGAGUGUCGAUCAUCAUACUGAUAAGUUACUGCAAAAGACAAUCCGGAAGAGAUUCCAAGAGCGCACCGUGCUAACAAUAGCGCACAGGUUGAACACUAUCUUGGAUUCUGACCGUGUUCUUGUGAUGCAUGCUGGGAAGGUGGCAGAACUGGAUUCUCCCACAAUUCUCAGCAACAUGAAGGAAUCUCGUUUUUACCAACUAAUACAUAGCGGCCAAAUCUGAAUCUUUAUAGAAUAGGAAGAACUGCUGAAAAUGGAGAACCCUUUUGAAGGGGAGUCUGGAUGUUAGUGGCAGAAGCUUUCUCCAUGAGCACUAGAUUCAUAUGGACCAUGUCUGAUUGGGAAUAACCUGUACAUGAAUGGGAGGAGCCUGAGUGAAUGGGAGGAGCCUGUACAUGAAUGGGAG